UGGUUUAGGAGAGGAGAGAUUGGAGAAGACGGUUCAUCUGUAUGCAGUUCCCAGCGCUUCCGUCGGUCGCAGACGGAAUAUCCUUCCGUUUCUUUCAAGAAAGUUGGAAACUGUACGCGAUAGAUGAACGUUUCUCUGCCUCCAGUUUCUUUUCGUUCAUCUUUUUCUGGCAUUUAACUUAUAAAAGCAUAUCAAACUUCUUUCUCUCAGGAAGAGAGCGCUUUACAUUCUCAGUAACGUCCUGAGGAACAUCAACAUGAGUGUACUGCCCCCUGUACGAAAAGACCGCAUAGUCGACCAGUUUCCUAAGUGCUUCAACAAAGGCGCUGCUUUGAACACUGAGAAUGAAUUUCACAGCAAGGUGAAGACGGCCUGUCAGCAGCAGAGGACAGGAACUGUGGGUAGGUUUAAAAUCUCCAAGGUCAUUGUAGUGGGUGAUCUGGCCGUGGGGAAAACCUGUUUGAUUAAUAGAUUUUGCAAAAAUGUCUUUGACAAGAAUUACAAGGCCACCAUUGGUGUGGACUUUGAGAUGGAGAGGUUUGAAGUUCUUGGAGUCCCCUUCAGUCUACAACUGUGGGACACUGCCGGACAGGAGAGAUUUAAAUGCAUUGCCUCUACAUACUACAGAGGAGCUCAGGCUGUAAUCAUUGUGUUUGAUUUGACGGAUGUAGCUUCACUGGAACAUACAAGGCAAUGGCUAGAGGAUGCAAUGAAAGAGAAUGAUCCUACAAGUGUUUUGCUUUUCUUGGUUGGCACAAAGAAAGAUCUGAGUCAGUCUCCUGCACAGUAUACACUAAUUGAGCAAGAUGCCAUUAAACUUGCAGAUCAGAUGAAAGCAGAGUACUGGGCUGUGUCCGCUUUGUCUGGGGAGAAUGUGAGAGAGUUUUUCUUCAGAGUGGCAUCUUUAACAUUUGAGGCCAAUGUACUGGCAGAACUGGAGAAAAGUGGAUCCAGACGGAUUGGGGAAGUUGUUCAAAUCAACAGCAACUCAAAUAACCUGUAUGCAACUUCCAAGAAGAAACAGCCUAACUGUUGUCAGUAAAGACUGGCAUUGUGAAAAUGCAAACAUUUGCACCAAAAAAUAGGGUACCAACGCAAAACAUGCACGCAAACUUACAUGUACGUACAAAGGGAGAAUAUAAGAAGUGGGAUGGACAAUCACAACAGUGUGGUUUAUUAUUCAUAGGGUGUAACUGAAUAUCUGCUGGAUAAAAGAAAACAUUCCUUUGUUGGACAACCUGAGGUUUGCAUUUUUUGUGGCAAAGGCGGUAUUCUGUUUUCCCAAGACUUCUAUGCACAAUUUAUGUAUAAUAGUUAUCAGUGAUUAAUUAUUAUAUUCUGUUAAUUACAUUUUUGCUUAGUUUACUGUCAGCAGUGAUUUUAAAAGGUACACAAGAGGAUAAUGCAU